UUUGAAGCUUGAUCCCGAGCAUUUCCCGGAUAGCAUGACAUGCUGGUUUCCGUGAGGGGUGCAUGUUGAUCAUUGGUGCGGAUGUCACCUGUUUGACUUCAAUAAAACUAAUCAUACCUGGAAUUCUAUUACGUCUGAGUAUUGCUACCUCACGGGUUUCGUCUAGCUGAGCUGUUCUGUUUUAAAUGUCACCUGUCUUUAUUUGAGGAAAUAUUGUUUUAAAACCCGGAGAUUGUCAAAGAGAGUGUGGAAUAAUAUUGAAAUAAGACUUCAAGAUUCAUAUUUUUCAACGAUGAAUUAAGAAACGAGACUAAUUAAAAAUGGUGGAUGACACGUGACCCUGAGGUGUAAAUCAUCAUCAGCAACAUGGACAGGACUCUCAUUAAACUGGUGAUCCUGUUAACAGUCAUACUUCAGCUUUCGACUGCUCAGAGAACAUGGACUGAGUGGUCGCCAUGCACCGCUACCUGUGGACCGGGGGUUCGACAUCGGUACUUGCAAUGCUUACCAAGUGCUCAAAAUUGCUAUGGAAAUCAAAAGCAGUAUAAAGUUUGUAAUGUUGAGGACUGUAAGGGUAAGGGCAAUGACUACCGAUCAACAGAGUGUCGGAAGUAUAACUCAAAGAAGCACAGAGGGAGAUUCUUCCAGUGGGAAAAAUAUAUUCUCCCCUCCCGUCAGUGUGCAUUAACAUGUAGAGCAGUUUACUAUGGACUCCACCAAACAUUUCGUGGAGAAGUUCGGGAUGGGACAUUUUGUGACGACACAUCAACUGAUAAAGUCUGCAUUCAAGGAAGAUGCAUUACAGUGGGCUGUGAUGGGAUUGUGGGAUCUGGAGCAGUGGUUGAUCGCUGUGGAGUCUGCAACGGGAACAAUCGGGAUUGCCAGACAAUCUCUGGGAUCUACACUCGAGCCUCUCUACCUUAUGGAUACAACCUCAUCACUCGCAUUCCAGUUGGAGCCUGCAAUAUCAAUAUAACAGAGCUAGGAGCCAGCAGAAACUACCUAGCCUUCCGUCUUCAGAAUGGAAGUUACGUAAUGAAUGGCAAUAAUCGCCUCAGCAGAGCGGGUGAUUACGAGGCAGCGGGGACUACCUUUACCUACAGGAAGCGGGAGGGGACGGGGUGUCCAGGGGAGUGUGUCAGGGCCAAGGGUCCAGUCAAUCAGACGGUAGAUGUACAGUUGCUGUAUUACCGAACAAGCCCUGGCAUCUUGUAUCAGUUUACAAUUCCUAAACACAUGACCAAAGCAGCGAUGGAGGCAAUCAUUCCAAGACUGAAGGUGGGGAACCAAUUUAACCCUGCAGUGGACCAGCCUUUGGCAGACGGCAGCAUGCAAUCCGCCUACGAGACUGGGUACGAAAAUAUUCCUACUGGAGAGGGAAGUUACCCCUUCCCUAAGGACUACAGACCUAGGAUCAUUCCAAACAGGAGGACUUCAGUGCAGUCCCCUCCCCAGUACAUUCCAUAUUCAGGGGUCAAACCUGAACUCCAGAGUUUGACUUUAAGUGGGCGUGGUCAAUCAAGGAAUCUUACCGAAUCCCAACAAAGACAGUACUCCGCGUACUACGGACCAUUCAAGCCCAACCAGGCAGUGUCCGGAGAUUACGGCAGAAGAUAUGCGACGCUUUCAUCCGAUACUGCUCGUAACAAUGCGAUCAAUCAGGGCUACCCUGUACAGAAUAACAAUGUGAUCAAUAAUCGGCCUCCUGUUCUUGCUGCUAGAAACAUCCCAGAUGCAUCCCGAUAUGAUUGGAGAAUUGUGGGAUUUACGGAAUGUUCUCUUACUUGUGGAAGAGGCGUACAACAGACUAAGAUUGUGUGUUUGGAGAGAGACAGGAAUCUGAUUGUGACGGACGACAACUGUGUUCCCACGACGCGACCCGCCGUACAGACGAUCCAGUGUAACAUCAGAAUAUGUCCGCCUGGGUGGGACAUCAGAAAUUGGUCGGAUUGCAGCGUGUCUUGUGGACGUGGCAUGCAGACACGCCCAGUGGUCUGUGCUCAGAGAGUCUCGUCGACUUCCAGGAUCGACAUUCAGCCCAGCAAAUGCCCUAGCCCUCGACCUGAGUCCUCGCGCACUUGCAUGAAUAAACCAUGUGCAGAGUGGAAGGUUGGAGAGUGGCAGAAGUGCUCCAGUGUGUGUGGUAAAGGAGAGAGACGUCGGUUGGUGGUCUGCCACAGUGUGGAUGACAGGAAUGUUACAGAUGACCAGUGUGAGGGCCUCAAGCCGCUGGAUAUCCAGAUCUGUGACAUGGGAUCUUGUGCUCAGGGCUGGUUUCACAGCCCAUGGUCAAGGAAGUGCUUUCCUUCCUGUGGAAGAGGACAUCGCAGUAGACAAGUGUACUGCUCAUCUCCCGACGGAUCUCAGAUAUCGGAGGCCAAGUGCCAGUCCAAGAAACCGAAGCAGAAGAAAGCCUGUCGGAACAAGCGACCCUGUGGAGGCUACUGGUUUGCUGGGCCCUGGUCAGAGUGUUCAUCAACCUGUGGGUCUGGGGUUCAGGAGAGGAGUGUUAUAUGUGUGAAGAAGCUAGACAAGAAGUUGUUUACCAUUGUGGGUAAGGAGAACUGUAGAGGGAGGGAUAAGCCAGAGAUGGAGAGACCCUGCGAACAGCUGCCACCAUGUCAACCUCAGUGGUUCAUGACGCCAUGGACUCAGUGUUCUGCAAGUUGUGGGACAGGCACCAAGACGCGAGAGGUACGCUGUAUGGACCCAGAACUAGCCCCCAGCUCUACCUGCACCGCGAACAAAAAACCUAGUCAACAAAACAUCUGUAACACUCAGCCCUGCACGGAUGAGAGUGUACAACAAGAUCCUAGCUGUAAAGAUGUGUACAAGUUCUGUAGAUUGGCAGGGCCAGCCCGGCUAUGUUCAUACCCAUUCUAUCAAGAAAACUGCUGCUCCUCAUGCCAGACAUAUCAACAUAGAAAAACCAAAGAAAAGCCAUAAUUUGUAUUAGCCCACUGACUAACUACUCAUCAUUUUAUGCUUCUAAAGUACAUGUCUAGGGUAAUCUGUCGGAUUAGUCUCUUUGUAUGCCAGUGUCCAGAGAAACCAGAGCCUGGAAAAUGCACUGAUAUAUAUAAAGGGAGAGAACUGUAACAUAUUUGAAGAGGACUGAUAAUCUCAUGCCUGUAUAUGGAGUGUGGGUCAAAACGAUGUAGUGCCCUGAUGGUAUAGUGACACAGACCGGCUGUGCUGCACCCCCCAGGAAUAAUGGCGGGAAAUAUAGUGCUAUAUCUCUGUGUUAGGUUUGGUAGGUUUGGUAGGUUUUAUAUUUUUUUUUAAAAACAAAGUACUUGGUAUAUUUGUAUACGUAUGGAAGGUCUGACAAUUUGUAAUGGCUUUGUUGUCAAGCUUUUAUUAUUUUGUAUUAUGGUGUGUUUGACCAGUGUAUGUGUGUGUGAAGACAAUAUAAUUAUAUAAUACUGAUGUGUGGAACUUAUUUAUAUUUUGUACCUUGUUUUUUUUCUUUAAGUAUUACUGACUAGAGUUGUUAUAUACAAUUAUAUACUUACUAUUGUUGCAGCAGCUUUGAGUUGUAAAUCCACAAUCAAGUACAUGUAUAUUUAUGAUGAAAACUUUACAUUGUUGUAAUUUGCUAUCCCCCCAGACCAAAGCAUUUUUAUUGAUAAAUAAAUUUAAUGUGAAAAAUAUGUA